AUGAAGAGCAACGUCGUGAUCGUGGGCGGCGGACACGCCGGUGCACACCUCGCAAGAUCGCUCUCUGGAACACUCGAUCCGUCCAGAUACAACCUCAUUUUGGUCAACGAACGCCCGUUCGCGAUCCACCUCCUCGCAGGCGCCCGUAUGACGGUCACCACCGAAGGCAACAUCGACAGCCUCGCCCUCAUCCCGUACGACAAACUGUUCAUCAACGGCAACGGACGACUCGUCGUGGACCGGGUCACUGCGAUUGAGGAGACGGCGCCGGGACAGGGCAGGGUGCUCGUGCUGCAAAGUGGUGAGAGGCUGCCGUACGCCGUCGUCGUCUUGGCGUGUGGGUUCUCGUGGUCAGGGCCGCUGGACUUCCCGUACAGCCACGAGGACAUGCGCGCGCACCUUGCCAACUGGCGCAAACGAUAUGCACGAGCACAGCAUGUCGUCUUGAUUGGCGGAGGGGCUGUCGGCAUCGAAACUGCAGGAGAGCUCAGAGACAUGUAUCCUGAUAAGAAGAUCACCAUCGUCCAAGCGGACACGAUGCUUCUCAACGCGACCUACCCAGAGAAGUACCGCCGAGAAGUCGAACGCCGCGUGCGGGCGCGCAACAUCGAUUGCGUCUUCUCCGAGCUCACGGACUACGUCCCCGAGUACGCCGGCAUCGGGCUCACAACGCGCAGCGGCAUGGCGUUACCCACCGCAGACCUCAUCGUGCCGACGUUCGGCCCGCGUCCAAAUACUGCAUGGAUCGCGUCGCUCGGCGCGGACGUCCUCGACGAGCGCGGCCUCGUGAGGAUCGAGCCGACCUUUGAGGUUGUGGGUCACCCUGGUGUGUUCGCGAUCGGCGACAUCACGGACUGUAAUGAGCAGAAGCAGGCGCAGAAGUACCCCGCGCACGUCGCGGUGGCCGUGCCGAACAUCAUGAGCUACUUGGAGGGCCGGCCGCUGACAAAGACGUACAAGGGGAGCAUGGAGAUCAUACUCAUUCCCAUAGGCAAGAAUCGUGGCGUCGCUUAUUACGACCUUCUGUGGGGCGUGAUAGUGGGAGAUUGGUUUGUACGAUGGUUAAAGGGCAAGGAUCUAUUCGUGAAGAAGACAAGACGAGCAAGAGGCCUGGCAUCAUGA